AUGGAAGACAUAGAUGAGGAGGAGCUUUUGAAUCUUAGCCUGGCAAUUGUUACAACUUCAGGGGGUGAAAGAGUGAAGAAGAGGAAGAGAAGAGAUCACAAAAAUGUUUUGGUUAGUCCUCUAAAUUCAUAUGAAGGUUGUGAAGGGAAGAUAUUCAGGCUGCUUCAAAUGAGGGAACAAAUGCUGAAGCUAGACCACAAGAAGAAAGGAGCUCAUGUGCUUGAUGAAGAUGGAAAAGGCCUCCAUUUGAUCCACAUGCUGCUCAUAACAGCCACUGCGGUUAAUGAAAACAAUGUGAGCUCAGCCUUGGAGAAUCUGAGUGAGUUGUACAAGAGUGUUUCCUUAUGCGGCGACUCCGUUCAACGAGUAGUUGCUUAUUUUGCAGAUGGCUUGUCUGCAAGGCUUCUCACCCGAAAAUCACCCUUUUUUGACAUGAUCACGAAGGAACCAACAAGCGAAGAAGAGUUCGUGGCGUUUACAUCUCUCUACCGGGUUUCUCCAUACUACCAGUUUGCUCAUUUCACAGCUAACCAAGCAAUCAUUGAGGCAUUUGAGAAGGAAGAAGAGAAGAACAAUCGUGCGUUACAUGUUAUUGAUUUCGAUGUCUCGUAUGGAUUUCAAUGGCCUUCUCUUAUACAAUCUCUCUCCGAAAAGGCAACCAGUGGCAAUCGAAUAUCACUCAGAAUAACGGGGUUUGGACAAAGCUUGGAUGAACUACGCGAGACGGAGAACAGACUGAUGAGCUUCUCAAAGGGUUUUCGCAAUCUUAUUUUCGAAUUCCAAGGGUUGUUGAGAGGCUCAAAGCUCAUAAACUUGAGGAAGAAGAGAAACGAAACGAUUGCAGUGAAUUUGGUUUUUCAUUUGAACACUUUGAGCAAUGGUUUGAAGAUAUCUGACUCAUUAAAAGCUGUACAUUUACUUAACCCUUCCAUUGUAAUCUUGGUUGAACAAGAAGGAAGCAGAAGCCCUAGAAGUUUCUUGUCAAGAUUCAUGGAGUCUUUGCACUACUUUGCAGCCAUGUUUGAUUCUUUAGAUGAUUGCCUACCUCUAGAGAGUGCUGAAAGGUUGAGCAUUGAGAAGAACCAUCUUGGAAAAGAGAUCAAAUCCAUGCUCAAUUACGACAACGACGAUGUAAAUUGUUCGAAAAUCGAAAAGAUGGAAACAUGGAAGGCUAGGAUGGAGAGCCAUGGUUUUGAAGGAAUUAAUCUAAGCUCCAAGUCCAAGAUACAAGCAAGACUUCUUUUGAAAAUCAGGACACAUUAUUGUCCCCUUCAGUUUGAUGGAGAGAGCAGUGGUGGGAGUACUGCUGGGUUCAAGGUUUUUGAAAGAGAUGAUGGAAGAACAAUAUCUCUAGGGUGGCAAGACAGGUAUCUGCUUACAGUUUCUGCAUGGAACUGUGUACCAUAA